GGGUUCUAUCUCUCUCCAAAAGUCAGUGUUCGUUACACAAAGUCGUUUGGCCACAGUGUUUACUCUUGCGGGCCCCUCUCUGCCAGCGAAAGCCUUGUCUCUGUGCCUUCGCACUACCUCCUCAACGUCGUGUCUGUGCUCAGCUCCAUUCACACCUACAAAGCCUCCUGUUCCGGAAGCAGCAGCUGCACUGGACCAGAGCUGCUUCUCGUGCACCGUUGCUACCUCGCGGUGGAGUUGGGCGCCAUGCUCACCCAGCUCUCGUCCUUCCAGAUGGUUGCAAUGUUCCUGCUUCUUGAGAGCAAAAGGGGCUCCGCCAGCUUCUUCCAUCCGUUCCUUACGUUUCUCGCCGCCAGCUUCGACGCCUGCCACAGCCUCCCAUUGACAUGGCUCUUCAACGACAGCAGCGACUUGAUCCUCCUCCUCCCACACUCCAUGAGAGCUCAUCAACAAAAGAUCUACACCAGAUUCACUGCUGACUACAAUGCUGUUCUUUCCUUUCUAACCUCUCUUUCCGUCGACUAUGCUGUGUUGGUCGCUGAUAAGCUUGAGUUUCUCAAGUUCUGGUUGGCCAUCAACACCAGGUGUCUCUACAACCACAAUUUCACUCUAUGUCCCCUAAUCGACUUUCUAAAUCACACUGCUGACCAAGAUUCUUCUGUUCAGCUUCUAAACACGAUAAACUUCACGAAAAACGAUACUCAUUUCGAUUUCUCCCUAAGAAUAACCAGCAAUUCGACUAAUCCGACACCAGCCCCAAACCUACAAAUUUACUUGAACUAUGGCCCUCACUCAAAUGAAUUUUUAAUCAACGAAUACGGUUUUAAAUUGCCUUAUGAUCAAAACAGCUGGAACGAUCUCGACUUAACCCACUACCUACUCAAUUCAUUGAGCUUGAAACCGUUCCAGUACAAGUAUCUAAAUAAU